AUGAAUCGCUUCGAAUUCGGCGACUCCGACGGGUCUUCCUCCGACUUCGAUGAAGACCCAUCCGGUCUCCCCUUCCCAGAACCGCUAUCCCGCACCUCAUUCCUCGCCCCUGACUUCGAUCCAGCCACCUUCCUAUCGUCAUUGACGAACCGACACCAGAGCCUUGAGGACCUCCGACAGGAAUUGCGAGGACUAGAGCAAUUCCUGAACAAGGAGCUGUUGGAUCUUGUCAAUGAGAACUACCAGGACUUUCUCUCGUUAGGCAGCGCACUCCGCGGGGGCGAGGAGAAAGUCGAAGGUGUGAAAGUUGGUGUUCUUUCAUUCCAGCGCGAUGUCAAAGCUAUCCGGGACAAGGUCGAGGCGCGACGACAGGAAGUGGAGGAGCUGUUGAACGAGAAGCGACGACUACGUGCGAACGCGGACGUUGGCAAAGAUCUGUUGGACUAUGCGGAUCGGGUGGAGGAAUUGGAACACCAUUUGAUGAUUCACGACAAGUCAUCUGAAAAUCCUUCGGACGAAUCCGAUUCCGAGUCUGAUCUAUACAGCAGCGAGAGUGGUGAUAUGGAUGAUGAUGAGCUGGCGGAUGGCACACCUGCGAUUUCGUUGAAGAGGAUGGAAUGUCAUGUGCAGAAGUUCAUCUUUUUGGGCUCGAUAGCUGACCGGGUCGGCGAGAAGCAUCCCUUCCUCCUUGCGCAGCAACCACGAGUCGCAAAGAUUAAGUCCACGGUACUCCUGGAUCUUAAAACUGCCUUGGGACAGGCCACCGCGGCAGGUGGUAAACACGGCAAACGUGACGCUAGGACAAUGGCAAUUCUGCGCCUCUACGAGCUUAUGGGCGAGGAUGUCAGUGCUGUCGCCGCGCUGAAGAACCUAAAGCUGUAA